AUGGGUAAUAUGGUGGGGAGAACAUUGAGGAUUGAUGAAAACUCCUUAAGGAUUAGUGGACAAGGGCAGCUUCAAGAUAUUACUGAUAGAGGCAGGUUUGUGCCCAUUUGUGUUGAGAUAGACUUGAGUAAAAGUUUUCUUUCAAAGUCUAGAAUCAAGCAGAGGCAAUUGCUCAUUGGCUACGAAGGAUUGCAUAUGAUCUGUUUCCUAUGUGGCCAGUAUGGCCAUAGAAAGGACAAAUGCUUGCUUAAUCUAGAGAAUAUGAAAAAAAUAGAGGAAGAUACUGGAGGGGAGAAACACUGUGAUAAUCCUGAUCAUAGUCAUGUUGAAGAGUCAACGAAAGAAGAAAUUGAGAAGAGUCAAGAAGUCAAUGGAUUUGGAAACUGGAUGACAGUCCAGAGAAGGAAUAACAAGAGAAUAGUUCAGCUGAUGAGAAAUAAGGAGAUAUACACAGGCAAGGAGAAGCACGGGUUAGAGAAUAAUGGUAAUAGUCAGUCAAAUAAUGUCUCAGAAUCCAAAUUCGGCCUUUUGGAGAAAGAGACUGAAGAAAGUUUUCCAAACCAGAAGACCGAUGUCGCAGAGGAAGAGGUUAAUAAUGGAAAGAAUGCUGGGGAGUCAAGCCAGAAUAGAAGAAGUCAAGGUGGAAGAAAGAAAAAGAAUAGUACUGAUAAGAGCUAUUUGAAACAGGGAUAUGGAACCGAAGUGAAGGAACCUAGAAAACAGGUGUUGAAAAAUCAAUUACCAGAUCCUUCAAGGGAUCAAACUCUCAAGCUAUCCAGCAAAGAAGUCAUUCUGGUCAACAGGGGAUCAUUUGGGGGAAGACCACAUGGAGAAUCUUCACUCUGUUCUAAACCACCAGUUAUGAAGGAAGCUCUGAUGGAGAUCAAUAGAAGUGAAGCAGAAAGCAAAAAUAAACCUACUCCUAUGCUGAAGGAAUAUCCACCUGAUGGGGGAGGUGGAGGAAAAAAUAUAUGCCAAGAUGAAAGAGUAGCGAUGACUUUAGAUGAUAUCACUAAUGCUGCUGGUAUCAAGUGA